AUGAAGUCGCUCAUUCUAUUAACCGCCAUCCUAUUUCUGUCGGGCAUCCGAGCUGCUGAUAAUGAUGAUACGCCUGAUGAAUACGUACCUUAUUCGUCAUCAGAUCUCGCGACUGACAGCACAUUUGAUCCAAUCAAUACGAAUCUUGAUGAAACGACUACUGAAGCGAUCGAGACGACCAACGAGACGAACAGAAGAAAGGUGGUUGGACCUGGUUACCGAAGAAGAUUCUGGCCAUUGAAGCGUUCAAGAUUCCAUCCAAAACGAUAUCAGAGAUGA